UCACUGUCAAAAUUUGUUUGUUUUGAUUAGGAUUUUCUUAGGAAAUUAUUGUUUUUUCUAAAGAAAAUUCAUCAAAAAUCUCUAUGGCAGAUCGUCUAACGCAACUACAAGAUACUAUCAAUCUCCAAGCGGACAAUUUUUGCAAUAGCAUCGGAAUUCUUCAGCAGUAUGCGCCCCCAAGUCGCUUUUCCGGCUCUCAGACGCCUCAGCAAAAUCAACAAGAGGACUAUGCUCAGCUCUUCUCCACAUUGAUCAGUCGCUGUGCCAAAGAUAUCGACACCCUCAUUGAAUCCCUGCCAAAUGAAGAUUCUGGUCCGGAACUUCAGGUACAGAGCCUAAAGAGGCUGGAAGUGGAGAAUCAAGACGCAGCUGAACGUCUCGAAGAAGUGGUUAAACGAGGUGAAGCCCUCCUGGAGAAAAUCCAAUCGGCUCUGAGUGAUAUAGCCCAAGCACAACUCGAUAUGCAACACUGAAGCACCCCAGCCAGGAAUCCAUUAAAAUGCUCUCCCAAUCAUCUCGAGGGCGAUUUUAUUAAUUCACUGACUCUGUCUCUCAAGGAAUAAAUUAUUUUACAAGCAUGAUCCUAAUAAAAAGACAAGUUUUUUUUUACAUAA